AUGUCCAUGACCAAAUUUGCCACCUGUAGUAGCACAUCGAUUCGAUCAUUCAUCGCUCCGUCCACAAAUCCUUGCCUUUCCUCCCUUGCAAAGCUCUCAUUAUUUCUCCUUUCAGUGACAAAGCAUCUGCGCAAGAAUAUGGAUACCGAAAAUGAACCUCCGAGCGUUGCUGCCAACGCCACGACCAACUCCAUGAAUGGAGAUGGAGAUACAAUCACAGGCAAGAAGGAUAUCGCUCUGCUGUCAACGACAAGACCCUCCAGAAGAUCCAUCGUGCGGUCCACUGCUGCACGCCGUUUCAGCCCCGAUGAGCUGGCUGAUGAUGAUGAUGAAAAGUUCUUUUGGGCUGGAGCAACAUCUGCUGCGAGUAAUGGUGUUUGUUCUAACCGGCUAACAGCACUUUGGCAAACUGCUGCUCAAGGUGUGCGCACACCAGCAUCAUCCCUUGGCGUGCAUGACGAGGAGACUAUUCGUAAUGAAACCCUACAAAACUUUUUUGAAGGUCUUGAUUUGGAUGGAAGUGGUCUGUUGGAACGGCAUGAACUGCAAGCAAUCUUGAUAGAAGCAUCCAAAACUACCAAGAUGCCCACGGAUGAACCUAUCAUUGAAGCAGCCAUUGAUGCCCUGUUGGAAGAUGUCCAGUCAGAGAAAGCUCUCAAAUCAAUGGCUCUGACGCGUGCUGCUGGCAACACUAGCAGUACUACUAGCUUUUGGGCAGCUGAUGCCACCAAUCUAGAGCAGUUCAUUGACAUGUUCCACCGUCACCCAGACAUGUACAGGCUCUUUGAGACUGACAAGACUAGCAAGGAUCUUAAAGAAUAUGUCAAGACUCGCCAAGUUUCGCCAAAAGAACAAAAGCUGGAAAAUAAAGAAAAUGAACAGGCAUAG